UUGGCAAUAUGGCACCAAAGGCAACAAUCACUGUUUUACUGUUUUUGAAUCUCUUUGGACUAAACAACAGCAUCUACAGAAAACACUACUUUGUGAAUCUAUGGAGGAAAUGGCCCGAGGCACAGAAAUACUGCCAGGAUAACUAUGAUGAUCUGUCCAUAGUAAGAAAUGACGAACUGCAACAACUUUCAGCAAAUCUGCCGAUCUUUUGGGAUUUUGUUUGGAUUGGACUCAGUAGAGAUCCCCAAAACCCAAAAAACUGGAAAUGGACAGGAGGUGAGAAUGCGACUGAUGUCUACUGGGACAGAUAUGAACCAAGUUCUUUUAAUGAAAAAUGUGGUGCCAUCAAAAUGUACACUGCUAAAGUGCAUGAUCUUAAUUGUGAUUCUGAUAAGACAUUUUACUGUAUGAAGCUCUCUAAGCUGAUCGUGGUUCAGCAGGAAAGCACAUGGGAAGAGGCCCUGCUAUACUGCAGACAAAACUACAAAGAUCUGGCCGUACUGAGCUCAGAGCAGAGUAUGGUUGAGGCAAAAGAUCAGAGCACAACAGCCCUGACAGAUGAUGUGUGGAUCGGUCUGCGCUUUAUCGCUGGUCACUGGCUUUGGUCAAAUGGAGAAACUUUUGAGUAUAAGGUCUGGUCUUCAGAUGGAGAGCUCCAGUGCCCUGACAUGAACCAGCGCUGUGCAGUUCUGAACCGGAAUAGUAUGGUUUGGAAACCCAUGGACUGUGAGAAGAAGAUAAACUUUUUCUGUCUCAGUAAUUAAAUCCCUGAUUCAUAUGAGUAACAAUAACAACAAUAAUCUAAAUAGUCAAACAAUAAAGUCAUUUUAAAAUAGAAACUA